UUGUGCCAUCUGCCUGAUUAGCUGUGCCAUCCUCCAAGGUGACAGGGGUUCUGGUGCUGUCUAUUCAGGAGGGAGUAGACCAAGAGAUCUCCAGAGAGACUUCCUUGAAAGGACUCGGCAGGUUUGAACAUGCAUUGGCGGCGGCAACUCCAGGCACUUUGCAUCCUAUGGAGGUCUCAGAUGUCCAAUCACACCAUCCGCAUUCAUACCAGGCAACUGGCAUCCCUGCAAUGGGGACACCAGGAAGUUCCUGCCAAAUUUAACUUUGCUACUGAUGUGAUAGAUCACUGGGCUGGUAUGGAGAAGGCUGGCAAGCGACCUCCUGACCCAGCCCUGUGGUGGGUGAGUGGCACUGGGGAUGAGGUAAAGUGGAACUUUGGCCAACUGAGUGAACUCAGUCAACGAACAGCCAACGUCUUCUCAGGGCCAUGUGGGCUGCAGCGUGGGGACCGUGUGACAGUGGUGCUGCCCCGAGUGCCUGAGUGGUGGCUGGUGAUCCUUGGCUGCAUGCGGGCAGGCCUUGUCUUCAUGCCCGGGACCAUCCAGAUGAAAGCCAAAGACAUUCUCUAUAGGCUGCAGGUGUCUAAGGCCAGGGCCAUUGUGGCUGGGGAUGAGGUGGCCGAGAUAGUGGACUCUGUGGCACCUGAGUGCCCUUCUCUGAAAACGAAGCUACUGGUGUCUGAGGAAAGCCGGGAUGGGUGGCUGGACUUCAAGACACUACUGUGGAAAGCAUCUACUACCCAUUGCUCUGUGGAGACUGGGAGCCAAGAAGCAGCUGCCAUCUACUUCACCAGUGGAACUAGUGGCCUUCCUAAGAUGGCGGAACACUCCCACUCAAGCCUGGGAAUAAAGGCCAAGAUGGAUGCUGGAAAAUGGACAGACCUGCAAGCCUCUGACAUAAUAUGGCCUAUAUCGGACACAGCUUGGAUAGUGAACAUUUUGGGCUCACUUCUGGAACCCUGGACAUCAGGAGCAUGCACAUUUAUCCAUCUCUUGCCAAAGUUUGAUCCAGUGAUCAUUCUAAAGGUUCUGUCCAGCUAUCCAAUUAACUACAUGGUAGGCGCACCCAUUGUUUACCGGAUGUUGCUACUACAGGACUUUUCCAGUUACAAGUUCCCACAUCUAAAGUGUUGCUUCAGUGGUGGGGAGUCCCUCCUUCCAGACACUCUGGAAAAAUGGAAGGCUCAAACAGGACUGGACAUCCUGGAAUUUUAUGGCCAGACAGAAACGGGACUUACUUGCAGAGUUUCCAAGACAAUGAAAAUCAAACCUGGCUACCUGGGAACUGCAAUUCCCCAUUAUGAUGUGCAGGUAAUAGAUGAGAAGGGCAAUGUCCUGCCACCUGGCACAGAAGGAGACAUGGGCGUCAGAGUCAAACCCAUCAGACCUAUAGGCGUCUUUUCUGGCUAUGUGGACAAUCUUGAGAAGACAGAAGCCAACAUCAGAGGGGAUUUUUGGGUCCUGGGAGACCGGGCAAUCAAGGAUCAAGAUGGAUAUUUCCAAUUCAUGGGAAGAACAGAUGAUAUCAUUAACUCCAGUGGGUACCGGAUUGGGCCCUCAGAAGUGGAGAACGCACUGAUGGAGCACCCUGCUGUGGUUGAGACAGCUGUAGUAAGCAGCCCGGAUCCCAUUCGAGGAGAGGUAGUGAAGGCAUUUGUGGUCUUGGCCCCACACUUUCUGUCCCAUGACCCAGAUGAGCUUACCAAGGAGCUGCAGCAGCAUGUGAAGUCAGUGACAGCCCCAUACAAGUAUCCAAGGAAGAUAGAGUUCGUCUUAGAUCUGCCCAAGACUGACACAGGGAAAAUUCAGCGGGCAAAGCUUCGAGACAAGGAGUGGAAAAAGUCUGAGCAGGCCGGAGUCUAGUGAUACCUGCAAGGUGCUUUACUUCGGAUCCUGCCCUUCUUCCCCUUUAAUUCCAUUUGGGUCAUCUGCCUUCCUCUGGGGAUAUAAGAUUCUUUAUGACAAAACAUGAUCUGAUUUUUGUCUUUCCUUGGUUAUUAUUUCAAAAUCUUGCCAUGUUAGAUAUUGAAAAAAGAAAAAGAAAGGAGGAAUGAGAAAGAGAGGAAAGGAGAGGAGAACAGAGGAAAAGGUGGGGAAAGAAGAAAGAGAAAUUAAAAUAGCAAUAAAAAGAAACUGAGAAAUAAGAAAAGGAGGGAGGGAUCGUAAGAUGGAGGCCAGGAGGAAAGAUGGAAAUAAUUAGAGGGAAGAAGAAAAAAAGAAAGAGAAGGAAGAAAUGAAGGAAAGAAAUAAGGUGGAAAGGUAGAAAGGGGAAAAAAGAAAAGACACAACUCAAGAAAAUAUUAAUAGUAGGAGAAAAUGAUAAAGAAAAAUGAUGAGAGACAAGAAGAAUGGGAGAAAGGGAGGAGAGAAGGAAACUUUUAGUUUUCUCCCACAAAUAGAUAGUGACAAGAAUCAUGAAGAAAACUGGAUCUUAGCUAAGAAACAAAAGGCUAUGACACCCCCAUUGCACUCCCAGGACAAAAUCUCCAUACAGAGAGGCUUGUGAGUGUGGUUGGAAAAUUAGAAUCACCCACAAGUAACUUCAAAUUUGGGAGCAAUCAUGACCAGAUGAGGGGAAACACAAUUUAUUGAGCAUUUGCCACAUGCAAAGCACUGUCCAUGCAAGCCAUUUCAUAAAUACUAUCAUGUCUUAUCUCUACAUGGCAUCUACAGAUUUCAGAUCACGGCUAUGAGAAUAGUGCAGGCACCUCAAAAAGGUGGCCCUUCUCCCAUGGCUUUUGUCUCUCUUUUUUUGUUAUCUACUCUUCUUAGAAUCAAUAAUAAAAUCAUUUUAAAGUUAAGACCCCAAAGAUUAUCUUUGGGGAAAACAAA